UUUUAUAUAUACAUAUCAUGCAGUGUAACUGAUUGAGUGCAUGAUCUUUAGAGCCAUAAAACGCUUAAAUUAGUUCGCGGUAGAACAUCGGAUACUGAACUUUUUUUCUUCGUACACGUCACUAUCACGUGAAGCAAGCUGCGGGGUUAUUGAUUCUAAAAACACCCUCUUAACGAAAAAUAUGAUUAGUAUUCACGAAUGAUAAGCUACAAUUUAAAAAUAGUAUCUAUUAUCAAUGACACUUGUCAAAAUUAUACUAACAAAAUAACCGAGCACUUAGUAGAAACUAGACAGGCAAAAUGGGAUUAGGGUGUCGGCUAUUUUGCACGCUAACUUUUUAUUUGUGUAGGAUAGUAUUUAUUUAAAAUUGAUUACAUGACUCUGCGACUAUUCUGUUAAAUGUAAUUCAUGAAAUUCAACCAUACAUUACAAAAUAUUUAAAACUUUCCUUGUAUGUAUGUAAACAUCGUCUCAAAUUCAAAUUUUACUGUAGGUACUAGACACGUCUGUGUAAUAAAUAUCACUGACAUAUUUAGGAUUAAUGACCUAAUGUCAGACAUCUCCUUUUAUUUGUCUCCUUCGCUGUUUUCAUUUUGAAACCGUGCUCGUACUUUAGCGUUUUUCCUUUUCUUAGCGAGACAAAACUAUCAUUGCAUGCCCUAAGAUAUUGGUGAUGCGUCUACCAAUGGCGAAUCAUCGGUGUUAGCCAACGUUCGACUGUCUCUUAGAGCUCCUAAGGAAUCGUUGAAUUUCUAAGCCAAGUCCCUUGAUCUCUCUGAUCGUCGUUUUGUCCUAACCGGAUGCCAGACGAAUCAACAGCUGAAUAGGAGAUACUACAGAAAGAUGAAAGGGGUCUACAAGCAGUGUUCUCUGUCCAGAUCAAGUUUUCUGAUAGUUCUUAUUAUGAUAAGUCCUGGAAUGGUCGUUAGCAGCAGCGAUCUUCUGGCAACCUUUUUUGCUGGAUAUGACAAGGCAGUUAGACCGGAUUUUGAUAAAGGCAAACCUUUGGUUAUCUCAGCUGAUUUGUACGUGGAAGCCUUUGGAAACAUUAAAGAGGCUAACAUGGAAUAUUUAGUGUAUGGCUAUUUUCGUCAGAGGUGGAAAGACUCGCGGCUUGCUGGGAGGCUUAACUACUCCCUUACCUUAAAAGGUGCUGAUAUCGAGAACAUAUGGGUACCAGACCCCUACUGUUACAACGCGCGCGAGUCAAAUAUGAUGAUGUUGGAUACACAACUUCACAGCAGGAUCUCUGUUGAUCCCAGUGGAGACGUGCUCUACAGCAAAGGUUUAACACUGCUGGCAUCUUGCAAUAUGGAUUUGCGAAAGUUCCCUUUGGAUUCACAAAGCUGCUGUCUUAAAUUUGGAAGCUACGGGUACACCACAAAUGACAUUAUCUUUGAAUGGGGUCCCACAGGCGUCGUUGUUGGGAAUAAUGAAAUGGCUCAGUUUGAAUACAAAAGUAACAAUAUAUCCUCGAGCAUAGAUGAGUUUAGCGUGGGAAAUUUCUCAACCAUAUCCGUCAAGUUUUUAUUCGAGCGACGAGUCGGGUACUACCUCAUUCAAGUCUACCUUCCCGACGUUUUUGUCGUCGCACUAAGCUGGAUUGUUUUCUGGAUGGAUAAAAAAGAAAUGGGGGACAGAAUGGCUCUAGGAAUCACCACCAUCUUAACCAUCAUGUUUCUUCUUGGAUCUCUCAAUGGUACCAUGCCUAGAGUCAGCUAUCCGAAAGCGCUGGACUGGUAUUUACUGGUGUCAUUUACGUUCGUGUUCCUGUCGUUGAUAGAGUGUAUGAUUGUGUUCAUUCUUACCUUAAAAUCUAACAAAGACCACGAGAGAACAAAUCGAAAGAUGAGCGGCGCAAUACCUCUCUCAAGAAUGGAUGCCAACAAAGUAAAGUUACCUCCUAAUGGGAACCAAUGCAACGGAAUCAAAACGUCAGAAAUCAACGGCAGCUUUAAAGGGAGCUACGCAACGAAAACGACAUCAAGCCAGUCACCAGUAGAUGAUAGAUUACCCGGAGAUUUAACUUACGUCAGUUACAGUAGAACAGCAGCUGACAGCGUCGAUAAAACAUCUCGAGUAUUGUUUCCAGUGUUGUUUAUUAUCUAUAACAUUGUGUACUGGGCUGUGUACGCGCUUCCUGGGAGCAAACCUAAGUAGGUUUGCCGCAGGAAUGAAAGAACCGUUCAUUGAACUCAGUAAAAUAUGCAUUUGGUUUCCAACCAGCAAUUUCUCUAAAUUAUAGAAGCUCAGUAGAGUGUGUUGUCAAUAUAUAUAUAGUGUAAAGUAGACAUAAGAUGCUAAACUUAGGUCCGAAAUAUUUCUUAUCGUAGCAAGAUACAGGACCCAGGAACAUCUUGCUCCUGAGGUAUGAGCGAGUACUAGGGGAAGGAUGAAGAAACGGGCGUCGUCGGCGUCUGCUUAUUUGCUUACCUAACCCGAACCUCUCUAGAAGGACUACAAGGACCACCUUGAGUACUGAGCAAAGUGGCCGUUGUAAAGAGGUGGCCAUUAUGGGGAGGUUGGGUGUAAAAUAUGAAAACUAAUUUUUUUGGAGUGCGACAUUUUUAUCUUUAGCAUGUAAAUUCGUAACACAAUCAAAAUAUAUCAAGAAAACAGAAAACAAACAGAAACAGAGACCAGCGAUGUGCGGUUUGGAUCCAACCUCCAACGAUUUUUUCGAAAGUGCAACAUUUUUAUCUU